AAUAAAGAAAUAUGACGUCAUUCAUAACAUUGUACAGCUGGAUUGAGAGGACAGAUCAGUGGGGCUAAAAGAAGGCUUAUGUGAGAUUUUCGCACCGAUUAUAUGACGGAAAUCGGCCACAGGCUGCUAUCCAGGAAGAGAAGAAUUGUCCUGAUUUCCUGCUUUUCUGUGCUGGCUCGUUUACUGCGUCCUACUCGUCGCAAUUCUGGCCUCAUCAUCGGACUCGGAUAGCGGUGGGUUGUCUCCGCCACCGGCAAAGAAACAACGCGUAGCUGCUGCCAGUGCAAUGCAAGCCAAUGAUGUUGACUCGUCGACGAGUACCGCGGCCGUGGCACACAAUGGAACUGGAGACACCAUCCCCCAUAGUAGCAACGGGACUGGGCCCGGCGGAGCCGCUGGAGCGACAAACCAUGCCAAUGGUUCUUCCUCCCCAGUAUUUGAUGAGGAAGACGGCUUUAAAGCCAGUGCCACUGAGCUCUCUCCCUGUGACAGGGACAUAGUUCGACUGAUUGGCCAGCACCUUAUGGGACUUGGCUACACGAAGACUGUUGAUCUUUUGAUGAGGGAAUCAGGCUGUAGGCUGGAGCAUGAUUCAGCGGCCAAAUUCAGGUCACACAUCAUGACUGGGGAAUUCAGCAAGGCUGAUGAGGAUCUUGAUGAGUUGAAGUCACUAAUGGAAUGCCCACAGGGUGCUAAGAAGAUGAGGUUCCUGAUCUUAGAGCAGAAGUUUCUGGAACUUCUUGAGGAUGGGUCCAUCAUCGAAGCAUUAGACUGCCUCCGGAAGGAACUCACCCCACUCAAAUAUAAUACAGAUCGGGUCCAUGUACUUAGCGGGUUCUUAAUGUGCUCCAAUAAAGAUGAGCUGAGAGAUAAAGCUAGCUGGGCUGGUAAAGGACCAGAAUCCAGAGGUAAACUUAUGGAGCAGCUUCAAUCUUUCUUGCCGGCAUCAGUGAUGCUACCUCCCCGUCGCCUCUACACUUUACUUGGUCAAGCCGUUGACCUCCAGAAGACAAGGUGUCCUUUCCACAACACCAGGCUAGGGGAAGAAUCCCUCCAGAAUAUGUCCUUACUGUUUGAUCAUGUGUGUAAUAGGAAUCAGUUUCCCUCCAAGACUCAUCAGGUACUACAUGAUCACUGUGAUGAGGUCUGGUACUGUAAGUUCUCACCGGACGGCACCAAACUAGCGACAGGGUCUAAGGAUAUGACAGUCAUUGUAUGGGAUGUUAUCAAGGAAACGUUAGAAAUCAAGAGGAAAAAGACAUUUGAGGGGCAUGCGUUUGGUGUGUCUUUCUUAGCUUGGAGUCCAGACAGUCGUUACCUCAUUGUUUGUGGACCUGAAGAUUCAUCGGAACUAUGGGUCUGGAAUGCAGAGACGGGGGAAGUAAAAACAAAGAUGAGUCAGUCACCAGAAGACUGCCUGACAAGUGCCUCAUGGAACUCUGACUGUAGGAGGUUUGUGACAGGAGGGACGAGAGGGCAGUUCUACCAGUGUGAUCUGGAUGGCAAUGUUCUAGAUACCUGGGAAGGUGUUCGGGUACAGUGUUUAUGUAUGAAGAAGGAUGGUAAGACGGUGCUAGCAGCCGACACACAUCAUCGCAUCAGGGCGUAUAACUUUGAUGAUCUCACAGACCAACAUGUACUUCAAGAAGAUCACUCUAUCAUGUCCUUCACUAUCAGUUCUAACGAGCGACAGGCCCUGCUCAGUGUGGCUUACCAGGGAGUUCAUUUAUGGGAUAUCAAGGACAAGCUGCUCAUCCGCAAGUUUCAGGGUGUCACCCAUGGCUUCUACACAAUACACUCGUGCUUCGGGGGCGUGGAUGAGAAGUUUGUAGCAAGUGGUAGUGAAGAUAAUAAUGUAUAUGUAUGGCACACUAAGAAGGAGUUACCAAUAGCAGUAUUGCAGGGCCACACCAGGACAGUAAACUGUGUUGCCUGGAAUCCUAUUCUUCCUAACAUGCUUGUCUCCGUCUCAGAUGAUACCACUAUCAGGGUCUGGGGUCCUGAUGAGUCAUCAGAUACCGAUGGCAGCACAGAAGUUUGACAGGAACCUGAAACUGAAAUGAACUAUAAAGACUAUUACAUCCAUAAUGGACAUUCUCUAGGCUGGACUACUUGAUAUUACCAAGUAGAAUAAAAACUACCUGAUUCCAAUGCAUCGAGAUUGUACUGGAGGGCAAUAUCAUAGCAGAAUGGAGAACUCUUCAUGUUGGACACUUUUGAGGAUCUGGGGGAAGGUAAUAUGAGAGUGCUGAGGCAGCAGACUUGUGGAUAAGCAGUUUGAACAUGUCCAGGAGGGAUUGGAAUAAAUGUGUCAAUUCUGGCAUUGUGAUGAUACUGUUUGAACAUUCUCUUUCUGGAAGAGCUUUGUAGCCUCAUUCACUGUGGCAGGACGAAAACAAAUUUGGAAAAUCUCAGUUUCCUUGGCAGUAGUGUGCUUCUAGUUUGAAGUGUUAAAGGAGAGUGCACAUACCAGGAAGUCAUUUACGUGUUCCUCGCUAACCGUAUGCAGCACCAUGUCCUGUUUCCAUCUCUCGGUCUCGUAAAUUGGCCAUCAUUUUUUUUAUAGUUUUAAUCUUUUUUUAUUAUUACUUGUUCUCUGAUAUUUUAUUACUGUGUUAUUUUCCUUUCUCUUUGUACAUUUUAAAAAUUUAGCUAGGAUUCCUGAUUGUGCCAUUUUCAACUCUCCUUUUUUCUCUCUCUCCAACACUCUUACAUUCUCCUCCUAAUCCCCUUUUGUCCUUCUCUUUUAUUUACUUUGGCCCUCUUGGUCUGUCUGUCUCUGUUGCUAUAUGUCUUCUCUCUUUCUUCCUGACUAUGUUGUGUUUAGAUGUUGCAUCUGUAACAGAUU